AUGUCCGAGAAGGGAAGCGAGACGCGAGUGGACGGCAGUGUGGAGAAGGGGUCGUCUAUCGAGGAGAAGGUCGUGCCCGUGGAGGGGACGCUGGCGUAUGGAGGCGACGACCAGCUUCCGCCGCCGCCGACGCUCACGGCAGAGCAGGAGAGGAAGUUGUGGCUCAAGAUCGACAUGCGCCUCAUGCCCAUUCUGACUCUCAUGUACCUUUGCUCGUUCUUGGACCGCGGCAAUAUCGGGAACGCGAAGCUGCAGGGUUUGACGACCCAGCUCGAUCUCACGGGGAACAAGUACAAUAUCGCUCUGACAAUGUACUUCAUCCCGUAUUGCCUUUGUGAGUGCCCUGCAAAUUUGGUCCUCAAGAAAUUCCGACCUUCAAAAUGGCUUCCCUUCAUUACCCUCGUCUGGGGCCUCGUGAUGACGCUUAUGGGUCUCGUCAAGAACUACCCUCAACUCGUGGGCGCCCGUAUCUGUUUGGGAGUGGCAGAAGCCGGCCUCUUUCCGGGGGUCGUCUACUAUCUUUCUCUGUGGUACCCUCGCCAUAUGCUCCAGUUCCGCGUCGGUCUCUUCUUCGGGGGUGCGACAGUCGCGGGAGCAUUCUCAGGACUUCUGGCAUUCGGCAUCUCUUUCAUGUCUGGAAGGGCCGGUCUGCUCGGGUGGUCAUGGAUCUUUAUCAUCGAGGGUAUGCUUACCUUUGUGGUUGGGAUCCUCUCAUUCUUCGUUCUCGUCGACUUCCCGCACACUGCCCAGUUCCUCACCCCAGAAGAGCGCGCUUGGGUCGUUCAUAGGAAGAAGUUCGACAACUCUUCGGUUGGAGAGGAGGAGCAUUUCGAGAUGCGCCAUCUAUGGGAAACACUCCUGGACUGGCAGGUCUGGAUCCACGUCCUUGUGUAUAUGUCGGUCAUCACGCCUGUAUUCGGCAUCUCUUUGUUCCUUCCCUUUGGGUUCAACCCAGCGAUCUCCCAGCUACUCACGGUCCCGCCUUACGUCUUUGCCACGAUUGUCUUAGUGGUCUGGGCGGUCUGGUCCGACCGGAUCAAGAAGCGGUACCCGUUCGUCCUCGCCGGGCUCACCUUCUGCCUCGUCGGCUUCGCGAUCAACAUCGCGGACGUGAGCAUCGGCGCCAAAUACUUCGGUACCUUCCUCGUCGUCGCCGGCUCGUACGCGGCAUUCCCGGGCGUCGUCGCCUGGCUGGGCAACAACCUCGCAGGGCACUACAAGCGCGGGGUCGGGAUGGCGCUCCAGAUCGGAAUCGGCAACUUCGGCGGCGCGAUAGCGAGCAACAUCUACCGCACGCAGGAUGCGCCGCGCUACAUCGUCGGCCACGGGAUCGAGCUGAUGUUCGUGGGCAUCGGGUUCGUCGCGGCGCCCGUCGCGGUGCUGGCGUACAAGCGCAUCAACGCGAAGCGGGACGCGUCGGUGAAGGGGGCGAACGAGGACGGUGUGAAGUACACGGCCGAGGAGCUGCGGAGGAUGGGUGACCGUGCGCCUGACUUCCGGUACACGCUUUGA